UGUCUUGUCGUCACUAGUGUCGUCAUUGGUGUUAUUGUCAUCAUUGGUGUUGUUGUCGUCGUUGGUUUGGUGCCGCUAUUAGAUUUCGAUUUCUUCGGCGUUCUUGUAAACUUACGUGUUUCUCUGGUGUUUUUGUGGAAUGGCUUUGCAUUCUUUUCUAACAUUCUUAUAAGUGGCAUUUUUUCUUCAUACAGGGCUUGUCUUGUCUUCGUUGGAUCUGGGAAUUGCGCGAAUGUAGCUUUUGGUGAGUA